GAACAACUUUUCUUGAAGACAUGAUAUUUCCUUACUUAUAUCAACACACGUGGACAACUGCGCACACACAUUCGAUUGGAAGAAUGUGGAAAUCUUGGACAGAGGAAAUUCCAAAAACACAAGAGGAUUUUUAAAAGCCCUACACUCAGGUCAAUCAGCAAUCAACAAACAUAUUGAAAUCAAUCUAAUUUAUCAACCAAUCAGGAAACUUAUACACAAAUAUAGGAACAAGAAUCAAACUAAUAGGAGACAAAACCAAAACCAAAAAGUAAACAAUGACAAAUUUAAGAUCAAUAAGAACCAAUCAACAUCGAGGUGUACAGAACAAGCUGUGAAAUGCAUAUGGUGAAAUUCGAACACUUCCCGUCUAUCGUUCAGAAGAACAAUGAAAGCUCCACGAUCAAAUCAUCCAGCUCAGGGAACAAAACUUCAUCUAAAACAAUUGGUGUUUCAUUGUUAUUUGGUGGAGAUUAAUUUUUAAAAUGGAACUUAGUUAAACUGUUGAUCAAGUUACUGGCUAUAUGAUAUAUGAGCAAUUCAUAGAAAAAACGUGACAGAUUCUAAUGCUCUCUGUACAUAUAUGUCAGUGAUAGACUUAUGAAAUUGAAUCCGAAUUUCAGUGUGAAUGUUUUUGUUUUUCGACUGUUUUUUUCUAUUUCAGCACGCAAAAAGACUAUCAAAGUUGUAAAAGUUUUCGUCUUUUCGUAUUAUUAUAAAUUGGUUAAAUCAACCCUUCAGUAUCAACAAGAGUUGCAGAAUAAUCAACAAAAUACUGUAAAAGACUCCAACUCUUUUAAUUUCAUUAAUGUAACGGAAUGUAUUGAAUUGAACGAUGCUAAUUUGAACUUCAUUAAUCAACAAAGUAGAACAAAGUGGAAUUCAAGUUCAAGAAAUUCACAUUUACCACCAUUAAAUAGAAUUACCGUUAUCUCUGAAGAUGACUUUCAUCAGUUAUGUGCUCUUCUGGAGUUUCGUGGUUAUUUUCUUAUUACAUAUACAAACAAUGGUACAAAAGAGAUAGUUUGUUAUCGAAUUCCAAUCGAUUUGACAGAGAAAUCUUCUUCAAAAGAUGAGAUUUCUUACAUGUUGGAAAAAUCUUUUUGGAUGAAUGAUAACAGCACAAACAGUAGUAUAUUGGAUAAUCACAAUCACAAUCAUAAUAAUAAUAACAAAUCAAAAAUAUCAUCUAUUGAGCCAGAUAAUUUGAUAAUAGUAACAACGAAUUCAUCAUGUUGUGAUAAUUUUCUUCGAUGUUUCUCUCUUCCACUGAAUUCUAAUGGAAAUAACAAAAGUUUGAUAAAAGAUUGGACAAUUGAUUUUUACUGGAAUCGUACACCAGAAAUGUAUGAAUUUGGUGAAGAAGGUUGGAGUAGUGUUGGUUCACCUGUUGGUGCAUUAUCAGGUGUUUAUGAUCUGGUUGAUGUAAAACUAAAGUAUCGUUUUGAUAGAAAUUCUGGAUUUGACUUUUUAAUAAAUGGAAAUGAUACUAAAGAAUUUAUUGUACAUAGUUUAGCUGAAAAGCGUUUACAAGCUAGAGUUGGUGAUUAUUAUGAAUGUGUUUCAGAGACACAAUUGAUUUUUGAUACAGAAAAUAGUACAGUAGUUAAUUCGAAUAAUAAUUAUAUAAAAUUAUAUAAUGAUCAAUGGAAUAUUAUAAUGAGUUUACAAAGUGUACGUUCUCAAGCAUUUGCUGAUGUCAAUGUACCAGAAUUUACUGGAGCAAGUGUUGUAUGUGCUGGUGAUAUUUCACAUGAUAUGAGUCUAUCUAUUGCAAUUGGUUUAUCAUUAUGUAGUUUAGUGAUUUGUGUAUUAUUCGGUUUAGCAAUUAAUCAUUUCAGACAAAAAGAUGAAGUCUUUAAAGCUGUGGAUACAACAGGAGAUGAUCAGAAAUCAUGAUUAUGAAUACUUUUGUCAAAUUUCAUACAUUUAGUAUUGUCAUCACAUUCAUGACUUAAAUUACUCAUGUUUUGAAUUUAUCAUUAUUCAUUAUUAUAUUAGUCACUUGAACCAGAUCAGUAAAAGUUUUGUAAGUUGAAGACAGCUGAUAGUCUAUGCAUUUUUUCUCUUUUUUUACAUUUAAUUAUUUCUAUUCUAAUUUUAGAAUAAAUACUACUUAUAGAA